AUGUCAGCCACUAUGAAAUUAAAGACGUUGGAGGGACAUUUGAUGUCGUUAUCAGGGUUUUCUAAGCCUAAAGUUGAAUUUGAACAAUAUGAAACUCCGGCACAUAUUGCUGCAGUGGCUCUAUAUACAAUUCAGACUCAAUUUGAAGCUCUAGAAAAUAAACUGAUAUUGGAUGCUGGUUGUGGACCAGGGAUGCUAUCUAUAGGAGCCUCAAUGCUUGGUGCAGGGGCUGUCUUAUCUGUGGACAUUGAUGAUGAUGCUUUAGAUGUGCUUUCUGAAAAUAUUGAAGAUAUGGAAAUUGACAAUGUUGAUAUACUUCAGUGUGAUUUUCUCAAUUCCGAUAUGUAUAGAUGGAAAAACUACUUUGACACAGUAUUAAUGAAUCCACCCUUUGGCACAAAGAACAAUGCAGGAAUAGAUAUGAAGUUCCUCAAAAUGGGAUUGGAUCUAAGUAGCGAUAGUGUCUAUUCCAUGCAUAAAUCUACAACUAGAUCUCACAUUCAAAAGAAAAUCAAAGAAUGGGGUGUUAAAGGCAGUGUAGUGGCGGAACUUAGAUACAAUUUGCAAUCCAUGUAUAAAUUCCAUAAACAUCAGUCAAAGGAUAUUGCUGUAGAUCUUUGGAGGUUACAUCAUUCUUAAUUCAGAAGUAAUGGAAUUUUUAAGAUCAAUGAAAUAAAACCACUUUUGUGUUGUACAUGAAAUAUAUUUUAAAAAUAAAGUUCUUAUAU